CCAACCUACUUCUAUGACGCACCAACGACCGUUAUCGCAGUAAUUUUUACUAGAUCUAUCGAACUUCGACUUUCAAGAGCAACAUCGCCUGUGAUUGGUUUGGCCAAAUAAUGCUUGACCAAUUCAAAUUGAAAACGAAUGCUAAUCACAGUGAACUCUCUCAAUGACUAACCACGCACGCUCAUCCUUCAUUGGCAUUAUUCGCACAUGGCAUUUGCUCGUACACCAACCACCAACCCUCUAUAUAAACUCUACCCGAUUCCUCACGAACGCACCCACAAAGCAUAGUGCACAAAGCAAGCAUAGUCCUCAUGGAAAGCCCAGUGAGGUUUUUGAGUUGUAGAGGCGUGGCAUUUGAGAUCAAGCCUCAUGCAGAUCCAUUUGCCAUUACCACACCUCAGAGAGCUCCCGAGAUGACCAACUACGGAAGCAAAAGAUCUUGGCUUCCAUGGCCUCGUGGAAGCUCGUCUAGGGUUGCUCCGUCGUCGCUGAUUCAGCGAUCGACGAGCAAAGUGAGUAGCCACUUUUGUGACCUUGACCUCGAUGACGACGAUGACGAUGAACCCAAUGAAGUUGUUUUGGAGAUGCUCGAGGAAGGCACUUUCAUCGAGCCUGAAAAACACUCCGAGAGAAAACAAGCUGAAGUGGCCUCAAAAAUCGACCCGCCUCCUUCGAAGCCCGCCCGAGGCCAAGAGUUGUCAAGGCUGUCGGUCAUCCUCCUUGACCAAGGGCUGUUCACGGUGUACAAGCGGCUGUUCGUCGUUUCCUUGACACUAAAUGUUGUCGCCCUCGUCCUCGCGGCGACUGGACACUUCCCUUAUGCAAGGAACCGCGCCGCCCUCUUCUCCAUAGCCAACAUCUUCGCGCUCACCCUGUGCCGGAGUGAGGCCUUCUUGCGCAUUGCCUUCUGGCUCGCCGUGGAGCUACUUGGCCACUCAUGGAUCCCGCUCUUCGCCAAGACGGCCACGACCUCCCUCCUGCAGAGCCUCGGCGGGAUCCACAGCGGGUGCGGUGUCUCGUCCCUUGCAUGGCUGGUCUACGCCCUAGUCCUAACCCUAAAAGACCGGGACAGCACGUCGCCCGAGAUCGUCGGGGUCGCAUUGGUGAUCCUCGUGCUCAUCGCCCUCUCUUGCCUUCUCUGGGGGUUCGUUGUCCUCACCGUCGCGUACGACCCAAGGACGAAGAGUUACAAGAGUGACGAGCUGGGAUUGAGGUUAGUGAGGCAACAAGAGUCUUGGUUCACGGUGGGGAUUACGGUUCUAAUAAUAAUACCGUGGGUGACGGUGAGGAGAGUGCUGGUGAAGGUGUCUUCUCCUUCGGGGCAUGCCUCCAUAAUCAAGUUCCACGGGGGAGUCAAAGCAGGCAUCUUGGGCCGGAUCAGCCCAUCCCCGCUAUCCGAGUGGCAUGCCUUCGGCAUCAUCUCCGACGGCAAGGAUGAGCACAUGAUGCUUGCCGGAGCUGUCGGCGACUUCACAAAGUCCCUCGUCGCCAACCCUCCAACCCACCUCUGGGUCCGCCAGGUCCACUUCGCAGGCUUACCCUACCUUGUCAACAUGUACGACCGGGUCCUGCUGGUUGCCACCGGCUCCGGCAUUUGCGUCUUCCUAUCAUUUCUCCUCCAACCAUGCAAAGCAAGUGUAUGCGUGUUAUGGGUGGCCAAGAACAUGGAGCAAAACUUCGGCAAGGAGAUCAAGGAGAUGGUUAGCUGCCACCCGAGAGACAAGGUGAUCGUGCACGACACGGCGGUGCACGGGCGGCCAAACGUGGCGGAGAUGAGCGUGGACAUGGCGAAGAAGUGGGGUGCUGAGGUGGUGAUCGUCACGAGCAACCCCGAGGGAAGUAGAGACGUGGUGAAUGCGUGCAAGAACAAAGGGAUCGCCGCUUUUGGUCCCAUUUGGGAUUCUUGAGUAGAUCAAUCAUGCAUAUAAUACGCCUAAUAUGCGUCCUUCACAUAUUAUCUAUGUUUGGAUUGCAUUAUAAACUAAUGGUGGAAUUGAAA